AUGCUUCCCUCACGCCUCCUCCGAAGUCUGCACCAUCCUCUGCGAAGGAUCUGCGGCGUAAACAUGUCGAGCUCCGGGGAGAAGCGGCUCAGGGUGCUGGUGGACAUGGACGGAGUCCUGGCGGAUUUCGAAGGCGGGUUCUUGAGGAAGUUCCGCGCCCGGUUCCCGCAGGAACCGUUCAUCAGUCUGGAGGAGCGCAGGGGAUUCUGGGUGUCUGCGCAGUACGGGGAGCUCCGCGAGGACCUGUGCGACAAAGCCAUCAGUAUCUGGGAGUCUAAGGACUUCUUCCUGGAGCUGGAGCCUCUUCCUGGGGCAGUGGAGGUGGUGAAGCAGAUGUCUCAGAUGGAGAACACUGACGUCUUCAUCUGCACUAGUCCCAUCAAACGGUACCAGCACUGCCCCCAAGAGAAGUAUGCGUGGGUGGAGAAGCAUCUGGGCCAUGACUUCCUGGACCAGGUGAUCCUGACCCGCGACAAGACGCUGGUCAGCGGAGACAUCCUCAUUGACGACAAACCUGACAUUCUGGGGGUGGAGAGCAGUCCGUCCUGGGAGCACAUCCUGUUCUCCGCCUGCCACAACCUGCACCAGAACUGUCCUCAGAGACGUCUGACCUCCUGGGCUGACGACUGGAGGAGUCUGCUGGACAGCAAACGGACCCCUGACCUCUGA